UUCACUAAAAUUCCUGAUGUAGAUUCAAGUAAUCAGUCUUAUUUGAAAAUGAUAAAGCCAAUAACAAAGAUGGAAGAAUUUUUGACAUCUAAUAAUAUUUUUUCUGUCAAAGAUAUAGGAUCUUUACCAUUUAUUAAAGAAAUUAUUAGAUCUGAAAAUAUAAGUUAUAAAGAUUAUACCCAUUUAUUA